ACCUGUCCUGAUCCUUGUUCCCCUCGUGCAUGCUGUCGCUUGCGUGGUUGGAGUAGCGGUUUUCGCUGCCUCCUCCGUUUCCUAGUGUUUUAUUGAGGCUGUCUUGUUGGAUUUUAUCCUCGACCUCCUUUGUUCGCUCCGGUUUGCCUUUUCUUUUCAGUCAAAAAAAGAAUCGAAUUAUCACCUGAUGUAAAUGGCGGAAGGGGUGAGGGUAACAGCUCGCGCCUCCUUCAGCCGAUCGACGAAAUACUACAUCUCUGUUGGAGACGCAUCCUAUGGUCGAUGUAGAAAGAAAUGGGAGGAUUUUGAAGAUCUUUAUGAUUCUCUCGAAUUAAGAUAUGGCAAGCUGGAUAUUUCCUUUCCCGUAUAUGUAACAAGGAAAAAUAAUACCAAAGCCGAGGCUGUAGAAAAGAAUCGCAAGAACUUGGAGAAAUUUCUGGAGAAACUGAGGGCUCAUCCUCAGCUUUCACAUGAUUCUGAUGUGAUUUCAUUUCUGCACCUUGUUGAUGUAGAGGAGAAUGAGGACUCGGACGAUGGUGCACCAAGCUUAUCCCUGCGCGACAAGCCUGGACCGACUCCGUUCACAGUGGAGUCAAAGCCUGCUUCUGCUUGUCAUGUUGAUGAAGGAGACCAAGCAGACGACGAAAUUUUACCAAAUGAUAGCAAUUCUACAUCGAAUACCCUUCUGCCAUCAUCACUUGAAUGGAAAUCAACUCCACAAGCAGCCGAGCCCAAGAAUUCUAUAUGGAUUGGUCGAUGAGCAUGUAACAUUAUAGAAUUUAUCG